GUUAGAUAGAGCCAUCAAAUUAUUCGUAGCGGCCUUUAUUCUCAUUUCCCGCAUCUGCGCUCUGCUUAUCUUCGAAGCUAACCGCGAAGCCGCCGGAAGAGAUGGAUGCCGCCGGCAACUUCUCUCCGAAGAACAAGGAUUUUGAGAUAAUUUUAGGUUCUUCGUCGAAGGCUCGUCGAGAAAUUCUAGCUGAAAUGGGGUACGAGUUCACCAUCGUGACUGCAGAUAUAGACGAGAAAAGUAUCAGGAAGGAAAAGCCGGAAGACCUUGUGAUGACCCUAGCUGAGGCAAAGGCUGAUGCUAUUAUGAUGAAGCUCGGGAGCAAUAACCAAUUGGAGGAGAUAUCACGCCCUACACUGCUAAUUACUGCAGACACAGUGGUGGUGUAUCAAGGGGUUAUCAGAGAAAAGCCGACAAGUGAAAAAGAAGCACGACAGUUCAUUAGAGACUAUUCUGGCGGUUCUGCCAGCGUUGUGGGAUCGAUACUCGUAACCAAUCUGGUGACAGGUAGUAGAAAAGGAGGAUGGGAGAGUGCAGAGGUUUAUUUUCUAGACAUACCAGAUGAAGUGAUCGAUAGCCUGAUUGAGGAGGGAAUAACUUUUAACGUUGCUGGAGGAUUGAUGCUCGAACAUCCACUCAUUUUGCCCUUGGUAGACACAUUGGUAGGGACUGUUGAUUGUGUAAUGGGACUUUCAAAAACUCUGGCGGAGAAGCUCAUAAACGAAGUCCUGUAGAAGAAGCCUAUCUUUUCGUCGCAAUCGAAUUUGGUGAAAGGAAAAUCAAGAUUCUUUGUAUAUUAUAUUAUUGGCCAUCAGGCCCAACUUUUAGGAAUCAUCACUAUUUGUUCUUUUUUGAAUAUUCUGUAAUGUUGUUGAAUAAAUUGCUUGUGAGAUGGAAAACUAAUCCUUGUUUACUUC